AUGGAAUCAACUAGUAUCUCACCAAAGCAUGCAGAGCUUCAAUGCCACCAAGACGACCAGGCCCUUAUAAUAAGAGCCCUGGAGUCAACUGGUGGUCCGAGGACUUUGCGGAAUUGUGCCGAACGGUCUUCUUCCGCUGCAGACGGAGGUACGGUCGGGAGAAAUGGACCAAACGGUAGCCAUGAUGAAAGGAUUGAGUAUAGUAUGGUGAGGAGGAGUCUAUGUUUAAUAUCAUAUGUUUGA